AUGGAUGGAGACUCUCCCGCUUAUAGGUUUUUGGGAAGAAAUAUAAAUUCAAAAAUAGACAUCAUAAAUUUUUCCCCAGCAAAGAAAAUUACACAAAAUAAUCCGUUGGGAGAGAUAGAUGAGGAGAAAAAACGGCGAGUCAAAGAAAAGCAUUUUGAAAAUAAUGACCUAGUAUGGGUCAGAGAUCAUUCGGGGAGUGGAAAUUGGCGAGAAGGGAAGGUCAUCGGUAAAAAUGGAGACUAUAUAUACCAAGUUAAACUUGAGAAUGGAAAAACUUCAAAUGCCCAUACUGAUCAACUGCGAGUCCGCAAAAGUGGACUUAGAAAUUCAGCGUCCUUUUAGGAUAGAACGGAAAAAAAAUUUUCUUGUAAAUAUCCCUAUCUUUUUUAAAUUCUUUAAAAUUAUUUUCAAUCUCUUCCCCCUUUUCCCAUUCACAUAUAUCCAAUUUUACUUAAUAAUUCUUUUGUUUUUGAAAUUUUACCAUU